UUAAUUUUUAAUUUGUUAAUAACAAAAUAUUUAUAGUUAUAUAUUCAAUAUAUGAUUAAACAAUAUAACACAAAUUUAAUAAAACAAAAAGUUUAAAGAAAAAAUGCAGACUAUAAGAGAAUUUACGCGCAAAACAAAAAGAGGCAACAUUUUAAAAAUUGUGCGUGAGCAUUAUUUGCGUAUAGAUUUGGGAUGUGGCUCCGAUUUGUGUAUUAGCUGUCAGCAGGAGGAAGACAGUAUUCAGUUGCGUUCUGAUCGUAUGGUACAUUCUACUUUAUUCAAUUUUCCCCAUUAUUUGGUAUUGGAUACCAAUGUUGUAUUGCAACAAAUUGAUGCCUUAGAAGAAGAUGCUAUAAAAAAUGUUAUAGUAUUAUCAACUGUGUUGAAUGAGGUGAAACAUCGUAGUACCACUGUCUACAAAAGAUUCCAUGAAAUUGUACAACAUAAGCCACGUGGUUUCUUUGUCUUCGUCAAUGAACAUCACAAAGAUACUUACGUGGAACGUCAGCCUGGCGAAACGGCCAAUGAUCGUAACGAUCGCGCCAUUCGUUAUGCCACCUCUUGGUAUGAUUCUCACAUCUUGGAGACUCAAGACAAGAAAUCAUUUAAGAAGAACGCCUCUAAAGCAGAAAAAACUCGUGUGGUUUUAAUAUCUGACGAUGCUGCUAACAGGGAAAAGGCUGAAAAGGAGGGUAUUUUGGUGGCUACAGCAGAGGAUUAUAUUAAAUCAUUGGUAGACUAUCCCAUGUUGAUAGAUAAAUUGGCUCGUAAGAAUUUUGAAAAUGAAAAGGAAUCACUGCCUUUGUUUCCAGUUCAUCUUAGUUCUUCGGAAAUAUUGGAUGGUGUAAGAAAUCAACGUCUGUUACAGGGUGCCUUCCAGGCAUCCAGAGAAAACUUCCUUGAGGGUUCCGUUAAUGUGGAGGGUUAUGAAAAUCCGAUUUUAAUCCAAGGCCGAGAAGCUUUAAAUCGUGCAGUCGAUGGUGAUCUAGUGGCGAUAGAAUUACUGCCCGAAUCCGAGUGGUCGGCUCCCAGUGAAAUUGUUUUAGAAGAAUCUGAAGAAGUUGAUGCUGGCGAUGAACCGGGAACUACACCUGAAGAAAUACUAGCCGCUGCUGCAUUGGAUGCCUCGUCGUCGGCCGAAAAAACACCCACGGCCAAAGUUGUGGGCAUUAUAAGACGCAAACGACGACAAUACUGUGGUAUUUUACAGCCCAGUCAUAUGAUUAAUUCAACCAGGCAUAUAUUUGUGCCAGCCGAUCGUAAGGUGCCACGCAUACGUAUAGAGACAAGGCAAGCGGAAAAAUUGCAAAAUCAAAGAAUCAUCGUGGCCAUAGAUACAUGGCCUAGAUCUUCACGCUAUCCUCAUGGUCACUUUGUUAGAUCGUUGGGUCCAUUGGGAGAUGUAGAAACAGAAAAUGAGGUGAUUUUGCUGGAGCAUGAUGUGCCUCAUAGUAAAUUUUCGGAAGAAGUCUUAAGCUUCCUGCCACAAAUGCCUUGGGAAAUUACCAAAGAGGAUUAUGAAAAACGUGUGGAUCUAAGAGAUUUGUUUAUUUGCUCUGUAGAUCCUCCAGGUUGUACUGACAUAGAUGAUGCUCUGCAUUGUCGUGAUUUGCCCAAUGGCAACUUAGAGGUGGGAGUCCAUAUAGCCGAUGUGAGUCAUUUCAUACGUCCUGGCAAUGCUAUGGAUAACGAGGCUGCGGCACGUGGUACUACGGUUUAUUUGGUGGGAAAACGUAUUGACAUGGUGCCUGAAUUGCUAAGUUCUAAUUUGUGUUCUUUGGUGGGCGGUCAGGAGAGAUUUGCAUUUUCUUGCAUCUGGGAAAUGGAUCAUAAGGCUAACGUUAUAAAUAAACGUUUCCACAAAAGUAUUAUCAAAUCGAAAUCGGCCAUGACUUACGAAAUGGCCCAACUUAUUAUUGAUGAUGACAAGCAAAAUAAUGAAAUUGCAAAAUCUUUGCGUAAUUUGAAUCGUUUAGCCAAGAUUCUCAAAAAGAGACGUAUGGAUAAUGGUGCUCUGGUUUUAGCCUCACCCGAAAUACGUUUCCAAGUGGACAGCGAGACACAUGAACCAUUGGAGGUAGAAGCCAAACAAUUGCGUGACACCAACUCUAUGGUCGAAGAAUUCAUGUUGUUGGCCAACAUAACAGUGGCCGAACACAUCGCAGCCGAAUUCCCCGAGUGUGCCAUGUUGAGAAGACAUCCUAAACCCCCAGUCAGCAAUUUUGAUCCACUCAUUAAGGCGGCCCAAAAUCAAGGUUUCGAAGUUAAAACUGAAACUGGUUUAGAAUUCUCGAAAUCUUUGGACGAAUGUGUUAAAGCCGAUAAUCCUUAUUUCAAUACAAUGAUACGUAUUCUGGCUACCAGAUGCAUGAUGCAGGCUUUAUAUUUUAUAAGCGGCACAUUGCAGAAAGAUCAAUUUAUACAUUAUGGUUUGGCAGCAGAUAUUUAUACUCACUUCACCUCACCCAUUAGAAGAUAUUCAGAUAUUAUUGUUCAUCGCCUUUUGGCCGCUUCUAUUGGAGCUGAUAGUACAUAUGCCCAAUUAUUGGAUAAAAAAGCCAACGAAGAACUUUGUCACAAUUUGAAUUAUCGCCAUAAAAUGGCACAAUAUGCCGGUCGGGCUUCGGUGGGCCUUAAUACGCAUCUAUUUUUCCGUGGCAAAGUUCAACACGAAGAGGGUUAUAUAUUAUUUGUGCGCAAAAAUGCUUUACAGGUACUUAUACCCAAAUUUGGUUUAGAGGGCACUGUAUAUUUAAAUUCUCUAAAAGACGAUGCGAAAAAACUACCUGGAAAUGUUACAUUUACAUUUAAUGAAGAGGACUAUACCCAGCGUUGUGGUGAGGUAGUAUUCCAUGCCUUCGAUCCAGUCACUGUGCGCUUGAGUUUAGAUUCCACAAAUGUUCAGCAUGAAAAGCUGGUCUUCCAAUUGGUCAAACCUUAUAUUAAAGGUUUUAGUGUUGAAAUCGAAGAAACCAGCGAGGCAACAAAAGAAAAUACUGACGUAGAAAUGCCAAUAGCUCCGCCGCAAAAGAAAAGCAAAAAAUCAAAACAAAAUAAAAAUAAAUAAAAACCUCAAAAUAUAUUCUGCAAUGCAUUUUUUUUUUGUAUAAAAAUAGUACUAAGAAAUACUGGACUAAAUAUUGUUGUAAAAAAAAAACAUAAAUAAACAAAAGAUUCGUAUAGAACACGAAUAAUUAAA